AUGGAAUAUCUAAGAAAGAUAAGCCAACUGAAGGUGUUUCGCCACUCUUACAAGGAUCCGUUGGACUUUUACAACCACGUCCUCGUAAUGCCAAACCACGUGGCCAGCAUUACGGGGCUGGAUGUACUGAAAACAGACUACAAAAAGAGUUCGUUCAAUUUUGUCGGUUUGAUUCUGGUGAUUCUGCUAUUCUUCUACGUGACCUUCUUCACGGUUUACGAAAUGCGUCACCACGUUGAAGAUUUGAUUUAUUGCCUCGUUACGAUUGGGAUUUGCCUGCAGGUUGUGAUGAAAAUUUACACCCAUCUGUACUAUCGCGAUAAUCUGCUUUGGAUCCAAGAGUAUACGAAAGAGCUAUUUCAGGAAGAAACAGCAGCGCAUAAGGCGGUACUCAUGGGUUACAUUGAAGUGCUGAAUGUAAUAGCCAAAGCUGUCCUACUAGCCUACGGGUCGUGCAGUUGUACCAUGCUGACUGUCCCGAUUGUGUUCACGCUACUGUCGGGACACAAAACCCUCACGUUCGGAUUCUGGCUUCCGUUCAUCGAUCGGUUUUCUUGGCAUGGAUGGAUCCUCAAUAUGGUAAUGCAAAUCGUGAUGUCCAUCGUUAUUGUCUCCGAAGACAUUGGCUUGGAUAUUAUAUACUUCAUGACAGUGAUGUGCUCUGUAAUGCAGAUUGAUCUGCUGAAAGCUAAACUUCAAAAUGUAAACGCCAAGAUGGAGAAAGGUGAAACGGAUAUUACGGAAGAAUUAAAUGAUAUCUUUAAACGUCAUUAUGAACACAUGGAGUUUGUUCGAAUUGUCGAGAAAGUGUACAGGAGCUAUUUCUUUGUUCUAUUCUCCACUCUUGGAACAUCGUUAGUACUUGUUUUGUAUGCCAUUGUAACGGUAUGUUCACAUAUUCUCCAUUGGAAUUCCAAAAUUAACGUUUUUAAUUUUCAGCUUUCGUGGAUUGCUGGAUAUGGAUCGGCAGUAUUUAUAACUUAUCAAUUAUUUGUCUUUUGUCUACUACCAACUCUGCUGGGAACUAAGAAAGAGGAGCUCCAGCGUGAAAUCUACGACAUCUCCUGGUACACGUGGACGAUCCAAAAUCAAAAGGUGCUGCGUUUCAUGCUGGAAGCGGCCCAGCAGCCAAACUGUUUCUCGAUGAUUUUCUACCCACUGAGUAUGCCCACUUUCACAGAAGUUAUCCGAACGAUCUACAGCAUUCUGGCACUGUUGCUCACGUUCAGAAGUGAUUAAUUCCUGAGCAUCAUUACAUUUGAACGUAUCACGGAAAUGUUUAG